CUGGAGCCGGGGCAGUAGCAGCCUCUGCUGCAGAGAAGCCAGCCAGCCUCAGUGAACAGGCAAGCCUCCUUCCUAGUUUCGAACCGUCUCAUCCCGGGGCCCUCACUGAUUGUUUAAGAAAUACACCCCUCUCCUUUGAUGAUGUCCACUGAGCAAAUGCAGCCACUGGAGCUCUCAGAAGACAGACUGGACAAACUAGACCCUCGUUACAGCCACUUAGCAGAUGAUCUUUCAGACCAGUUCAUUAAGGACUGUGAUCUCAAAAAGAAGCCAAGAAAGGGAAAAAAUAUACAGGCCAACCUGAACGUUGAGUCAGACCAAAAAAAACCAAGGAGGAAAGAUACCCCCGCACUGCACAUUCCGCCUUUUAUACCAGGUGUGAUUUCAGAACACUUAAUUAGAAGAUACGAUGUUCAAGAGAGACAUCCAAAGGGCAAAAUAAACCCAGCUCUUCAUAACUCUGACCUGGAACAGAAAAAGCCAAGGAGAAAAGACACACCUGCCCUGCACGUGCCCCCCUUUGCAGCAGGUGUGAGACUGCUCAGGGACGAGAGACCCAAAGCGAUCGUGGAAGAUGACGAAAAGGAUGGUGACAAGAUAGCUAUUUAAAGAUACUUCCCCUGAGAUCACUUGUAAAUAGGUUAGAUUGGUUCCCUAUGGUGACCUAGGGAAAAAAUAGACUUGUUUCUGUUCUCAUUUUGUCCUAGUCUGACGUCUGACGUUCAGUUCUAGACACCUCCUCCCCAAGAGACGUACUAUGUCAGAUUGCCAGUCACCUCUCCUGUCUCUUCUUUCUUGAGUCUGGUUUCUAUUCCAACCUCUUAAAUUAUCAUUUUCCAAUGCAAUGGAAAAGAAGCAGAGCAUCCCAAAUUAGGAGUUAACAGGGAAAGCUCUGAUGUUGGGUUUCUGCAUCUUCUGGAUAUCUCCAUUCAUAGAGCAGAACACAUGGAUAACAUGGGAAUCCUUUGUUGCUGGUUCAUCUGCUGGGUAGAAAUUGACUUACAUCAUCCAAACACCAGUUCAAGUUGGGGCCCUGUUCCAGUGAGGGAGGUGAGAAGAUUAGGGUCUGAACUCACUGAUUGUUUUAUUUCUCCUGUCCUAUCUUGAGAAUGCAGUUCUGUUGAUGCUCCUAAGAACCUUGUAACAGAAGAUGUAAAGGUGAAUUUAUGAACUGGGAGAAUGGUCCCCGUCCCCCAUGCCAGGGCUGAAAAUACCAGAAGCAGAGAGGAACUGUCUAUCUGGGAGAUUUACCAAUAUGUCCUCUUAUUUACUUUUGUUUAAAAAAAAAAAAAAAAAAAAAAAACAGUUCUUCACCAUGGUUUUCCUGACAUUCGUGAAUUGUGGGUUGUUACUAAUGAUGGGUAAAAUACCAAUGCCCAAGAUGGAUUUACUUUUUAAAAUUUUAAGGACAAAUGAAGGUCAUUCUGAUAUUUUUGGCAUCUCACUUAUUUAGGUUCUCAUAGGGCUUCUUGCACAGGAAGGGAAAGUGUGGUGUUAGCCAGUGAGCAGUGGUCUGUAUUUAGCUCCUGUCCCAGCUUCCAGUGUGGGUGCCUGUGAGGAGGUUAUGCAGAUGGAUCUUCUCCAUCAACCAAUAGAUGAGGAAAAAGGUGAGAACUGUCAUAAAAAUAAGAAAACUCAACAUUGAAAUCAUCAUACUUAAAAGUGAGAAUAUGGAAGCUCUGUGUGUACUCUGGUUCCAACAGUUUAUUACUCCUGUCUUUCUGUUCCCUUCACAAAGAGGGAAAAGAUGCAAGACUCUGCUGGAAAUAAAGAUACUU